ACGAGAGGAUUGGAAAACAGUCCAUGCUGUGCGGUGUGUAAGGUCACCGUGAAGUGAACUGCAGUCAUUUAGUGGCAUUUUAUGUGUUUUCACCGCAGUCAGCAGCAUGGUCUUUUUAACAUUCCCAUGUUUAAUACGGAAUCGUGGUCCUGACAGAUACUGGAGGAUACAAGAGGUUUUGAAAAAUGCUAGGCAUUUCAGAGGCAGGAAGAACAGAUGUUUCUCCCUGGCGGUGCGCGCUGUGCGAAGGGCAUUUGUCUAUGCCACCAAAGGACGACAGUUGAAGAAGAGAAACAUGCGAACGUUGUGGAUCUCAAGGAUUGCAGCAGGUUCACACGAACAUGGCAUGAGAUAUCCAGUCCUCAUGAACAACCUUGUUAAGUCCAGCGUGCAGCUGAACAGGAAGGUGCUGAGUGACCUGGCGAUCAGCGAGCCACGCACCUUCCAGUCGCUGGCCAAACUGGCGCGGGUGCGUCAGGAGGAGGGCUUCCGCGCCGCCCUGGGAGACGGGUCGGAGCCAGCCGGCGUCCUGUCACGCGUCGUCCUUCUCCAGUGAGCGCCGCUCCUUUGUGCAAUCCAUCAUCAUCCCCCUGCCAUCAUCUCACCACAGCCCUGGUGCACUGGUGCGCAGAAUGUCUUGCAGUCUCAAUGGAUCCAGAGGAGAGAUGUUACCGUGACACAUAUACAACCUGAUUCACAGGUUCCUUGUAAGCGAGCCUUUGCCGCACAUUCAAACACACAGUCCUAGUAGAGUCUUUACCAGACACACGCAAACACGCUCAAGCACAUUCAGUCCGAUUGUUCCUUGUUCCAUUGCUGCACACACGUCACCUACACACAAACACACAGUUUGAUUCAUAGGUUCCCAGUGUAUGAGCCUCCACCACACAAACGCAGACGCAUAGUCCAGUUCUGAGGUUCCAAGUAGGUGAGCGUCAGUCUCCAAGUAAGACUCUCCCAGACCUGACCAGUAAUCCAUGAGCUGCUGAUUGUGAGGGAUCCAGAGAUCUUUCCUCUGGAAAGAAACUAUUUGUGCAGUUUGUUCGUGUUUUUUUUUUUGUAAUAUGUGACAAGAGUUUUGUCUAUGACUUUUGGCUGUAUUAUGUAAUGCCUUGUUUUUGUGUACAUAUGUGGAAUGGCAGUACUGUGUAUUCCUCUCCAUAAAACAAAUGAAUAAACUAUUCGUUAUCCUCGAAAA